AUGUCGGCAGGCGAUGUGGGCGACGAGAACAAGACAGGUGGUGAUGCAGCGCGCCGUCGGACUUAUCGCAUGCGAGGGUGUGGGUUGGGAAGGUUCGAGAGGAUCGGACGAAACACGGGGCGGGCUACCUCUGUCGUCGGUGGAAAUAAGCAGGGGACCGAGCCGGAGAUGGAAUCGAAUUCGUUUCGCGAUAUGCAAAUUCGCAGAGUGCGCCAAUGGAGGCAGAGAAAAGAGAGACGAAGACGCUGA